UCAUGAAAUGUCUUUAAUCUCUUCGACGUGUUAUUUUCGGAUCAGAUCAAGGAAGCGAACAGAGAAGCUGAGACAAAGGUGAGGGGGGAAAUCCUGUUCUGUACAGUGGCGGGCAUGGAUGGAUUUCGGUCGGAGAGAAGCAGGGUGGUCAAUUGCCAACGAAGCACGUAUCCUGUCGACCCCCUUGCGUUCACCAAUUCCAGUUCAUCCUUCCCGUUCACAUCCGUUUCACCCCCCACCAAUAUAAUAAUCCCGAAUUAGGACGAAUUGCAUCGGAUUUGGAUCAGAUUUGCUUGGGGACAAUCAUCGCAACCCAUCAUGUGAAUCCAAAUCUGCACGCCUUUCCGAAUCCCAUCCCCGUCCCAUCCCGUUCUUCACGUUCUUCCUCUUCGCCCCCACGAGACAAAAAGAGAAAAAAGUUGCUUCCUUUAUAUACGCCGCUGGACUCCUUUCCGUUGGCGUCCUUGUCUUUCGUUUCCUUCGCUGUUGCUCCAACGAAGGCAGAUUCUGAGCAAGAGCUUUGGCUGGUGAUCGAUCCGGAUUCGCUGAUUUCACGGUCGUUUUUAAGUAGGUUCCGUGAAUUGGGAUUUGCGAAUCGCAGGUUGGGUGUAGGAUCAGAGUUGAUGUAGAUAGCUUUUCAUGUUUGAAGCGUGCCUAGGGUUUUUUGGUUGGUGCUUGAUUAUGACUUUUGGAACUUACGAAUUGAGCCUUUAGAUGGUUUUCUUCUGGCAUUUGCUUCGGCUGAUGGGAGAGAAUCACAGCGUUUAUAUCAAGCAAUGUAAUGCGAGGAUACGGUUUUAGGGUCUAAAGGCUGUUCGUCUUGGGAUCGAAUCUCAAUUCGAGACAGCAGAAAGAUCAAGACCCACCUUUUGAUUCCUUCCUCGGAUGGCCUCGCCUGGGUUUUUCCUGAUUUGCGUGUUGCAUUCGCUGGUGGCUCUCACGAGUGGAGCUCUCAUGAUGUUCUAUUCCCCAGAGAUAUCUGCCAUCAAAUCCCAAGGCUCCACCCCUCACGAUCAGCUCCUGAUUCGGACCUCCGAUUCCUUCUCGGGCUUGCUUCUCAUCGCCAUCGGGUCCUUGUUGCUGAUGGUGGCGUUUGUGAAGGACAGGGAGUUCCAGAGCUUCUUCGCAAAAGGGUGCGUGGUGUUGCAUGUGGGCAUGGCGGUGUGGAGGUUUUGCUUCGAGAGGAAGGUUGAGGAGCUUGUGGGCGAGUGGCCCAAGCAAGUCGUGGGCGAUAUCGCGCUUGCAGUUUCGUGGAUCUUCUUCCUCGUGUAUUCGUGGAGAGAGAAGUACGAUUAGCCUCCGUGGAGUGAAUCUGCAGUGAUGCAGAAGGAGAGAGAGAAAUCUGAGUUUCUGCAGAUUGAGACAGAAAGAUGGUGCUUGGUGAAGUCAUGCAAUGCUUUGUUGAGAUCCAACUGAGGUCCUGAGCAGGAAGUGAAUUGAAGUGAACUUGUGAAUUCUGGGUUUUUGGACAGAGGAUGGGUUCGAAAAGGAAAUCAUAUUUUUUCAGCGGGGAUCAUUUUAGAUGCUGAAGUUUCGAUUUUUAUCUUCUUUGUUAUGAUCUUUGAGGAGUGAAAGGAACUGAUCAGGACUUACAAGCUUAUUUGCCGGACCACAGUGGGUCUUCGUUUAGCUCGGAAUUCAGAUACUGCAAUUCAGCCGUUUCAUAUGGGCUACUCUGCUCUUGCUGGCUGAAUGCAAUCCAAUUUUUGCCUGUAAAUUUUCUUCGUAUGUGGAAUAAACACCCUUUCUCUCUCUGAUUCUCUCUC